AAGGCGCGGGGCGGAGAGGCUCGGGGCCGAGGCACCAUGCGGCGGGGAGAGCGCAGGGGCGCUGGGGGGCAGCGGCCCGGGUCCCCUGUACCCGCGGGCAAGGCCUCGCUGGAGGAGCCGCCGGACGGUGCGCCCGUGGGCCGCCGCAGCACCGAGUCCGAGGUCUACGACGACGGCACCAACACCUUCUUCUGGCGCGCGCACACCCUGACCGUGCUCUUCAUCCUCACCUGCGUGCUCGGCUACGUGACGCUGCUGGAGGAGACGCCUCAGGACACGGCCUACAACACCAAGAGAGGUAUUGUGGCCAGUAUUUUGGUUUUCUUAUGUUUUGGAGUCACACAAGCUAAAGACGGGCCAUUUUCCAGACCUCAUCCAGCCUACUGGAGGUUCUGGCUGUGCGUCAGCGUGGUCUACGAGCUCUUCCUCAUCUUCAUCCUCUUCCAGACCGUCCAGGACGGCCGCCAGUUCCUGAAGUACGUGGACCCGAGGCUGGGGGUCCCUCUGCCGGAGAGGGACUACGGGGGGAACUGCCUCAUCUACGACGUGGACAAUGAGACGGACCCCUUCCACAACAUCUGGGACAAGCUGGACGGCUUCGUGCCCGCACACUUCAUCGGCUGGUACCUGAAGACCCUGAUGAUUCGGGACUGGUGGGCGUGCACGGUGGUGAGCGUCAUGUUCGAGUUCCUGGAGUACAGCCUGGAGCACCAGCUGCCCAACUUCAGCGAGUGCUGGUGGGACCACUGGAUCAUGGACGUGCUGGUCUGCAACGGGCUGGGCAUCUACUGUGGCAUGAAGACCCUCGAGUGGCUGUCGCUGAAGACCUAUAAGUGGCAGGGCCUCUGGAACAUCCCCACCUACAAGGGCAAGAUGAAGAGGAUCGCUUUCCAGUUCACGCCCUACAGCUGGGUCCGCUUCGAGUGGAAGCCGGCCUCCAGCCUGCGCCGCUGGCUGGCCGUGUGCGGCAUCAUCCUGGUGUUUCUGUUGGCAGAGCUGAACACGUUCUACCUGAAGUUCGUGCUGUGGCUGCCGCCCGAGCACUCCCUGGUCCUGCUGCGGCUGGUGUUCUUCGUGAACGUGGGCGGCGUGGCCAUGCGGGAGAUCUACGACUUCAUGGACGACCCGAAGCCGCACAAGAAGCUGGGCCAGCAGGCCUGGCUGGUGGCCGCCAUCACAGCCACGGAGCUGCUCAUCGUGGUCAAGUACGACCCCCACACACUCACGCUGUCCCUGCCCUUCUACAUCGCCCAGUGCUGGACGCUCGGCUCCGUGCUCGUGCUCACCUGGACCGUCUGGCGCUUCUUCCUGCGGGACAUCACCCUGCGGUACAAGGAGACCCGGCGGCAGAAGCAGCAGGGCAGCAGCGGCGACCAGGGCACGGCUGUGGACAGCAAGGACGGGUGCCCGCCUGGGCCCUCGGAGGCCACAAGGGCAGCGGCGCCGGCUCUGCACUGACCUGCCCGCCCACCGGGGACCGGGCCUGCUGUUCGCCCGCCUCUGGUUCCCACCAGGAGCCUCCACAGGGGGCGGCCCGUCCUGGCUGCCGUGCGCCGGGGGGCAUGUGCGCACGACUGUGCUCCGUGCUCCUGGCUCUGGAGCCUUCUCCGGCCGGCAGGCGGGGCUGGCGCUUGUCCGGGGCAGCGGCCCGCUGUCUGCGUGGUCUGCCUCUGGACCACACCGAGCCCUGGCACCCAGAGGGCCCGGCCGGUUCCUCCACUGGCCCCUGCCGCGCCCCCUGGCCACACGUGUCGCUGGCACGGUCCUCCGACUCCCGAGACGGCCGAGACGGGUGGGCCUGCGCCGCGGCCCUGAGCCGUCCUCCCGGGGCCUCCCCCAGCCCCGCUGACCGCAGGGGUGCGGGCAGGGGAAGAGGUCUCUGGGCAGGGCGUCAGGUCGGGAACCCCAAGGCCCAGCGCCCGCGGUCGGAAGGAAGGGUCCUGGGGUCUCUGGCCGCGAGCUGAUGGUCAUCUCCACGAGCAAACGGAACAAAUAAACGGAAGGUGGUUUGAGGUUUGCA